UAUCAUAUGUUACAAUGGCAGACAUAAUAAGGCUAUGUUUGUCUUUUCUGCUAUUCAAAGGAAUAUAUGGAAACGGCGUAACGCUUUGUCCAGACAGAUGGCUAGCUUUUAACGGCUCUUGUUACUACUUUGGCAAGGGGCCGUUUAUUUUCACGGAGGCAGAGCAUUACUGUUUGCAGCACGGAGCUCAUCUUGUCAAAGUGGAAACGGAGAUAGAAAAUAGCUUUCUGAAGGAUGUGCUAAGUGAAUUUACGAGUCGCCAAUGGUGGCUUGGCAUGACGGAGGAACUAGUUCCGGGACACUGGAAAUGGGUUGUUGAUGACUCUGAAGCUAAUUACUUCGACUGGGCUCCAGGUCAACCAAAUCCACAUGGCGAAGAGUGCGCUAUUUUCUUUAACACUCCAAAUUACCAGUGGGCAGACAUUCCAUGCACACACAGCCUUUGGGACGCAUAUGCUCUCUGUGAGAAAAGGGGUCAAAUCGUCAACCCAGAAUGUAUGCAAGGGAACAUAGUGGGUUGAAUGUGGAGUUGAACCGAACAGGAAUAAUUACAUAUGUGAAGAAUACUUCAUAUCCACAUCAUCGGUUAUACUAAUGUAAUGAUUAAAACAUAACAAAGAUUAAGAAGAUUUUACAACAAAAACCUUGUGUGUUUCCUCAUCACGGUAUGAAUACUACAAUAGGAAGUAGCCAAACUCUAAACGAUUAUUAUGUCUCUCCUGCUUUUACCACCUGUAUUACACGACUCUGUGACAACAUGCACAAAAACCUUGUGCUGAUUCAUGAAGUUUAAAAUAACAAUCAAUUUUACCCACAGCUGAUUCCACAUGAAUUGAAACAUGAUGCAGUUUAAAAGUAAAUCUCGGCAUGCCUAUAAUCCAUAUAUGUUAUCACCAGAGUAGUGUCUGUACGUGUCCAUCCGAAAAUCGACACAAAGUCUUACAACCAGCCCUGUUGUAUAAAGACACAAGAGUUGCAUUAAACCAUACAUUGGAGAUAUUAUGUUUCACCUAACCUUCCUUUUGCAUUGCCAUUAAACAUGUUUUCAAGCGUCUUGGUAAACUUUUAUUAUCAGAACCAUGCAUGCUGUUUUCUGCUUUUGUUUGUGUUCUAUAGUAUUCAUGGGUGUUCAUAUUCCCUUGGCCACGUCAGCGUAAGCGACCCAGUCCCCAUAAUUGCAUAAAUGUC